GCCCCUAAUACCCUUCCCAUUCUGCAAUCCACUGCUGCAUCAGCCUCACCACACCAAUGCGCAUCAUCCCACAAUCAAGAUCAACGGCGUUCAAGAUUUGAUCAUACACCCACGACUCAACUCUUUAUAAUGGUCCGUCCCACAUAGGAUCAAGAAUUAUAUAUCCAUUCCAAAACACAGGACCAUAAGCUUUCAACUUGCUUCGUCAUUGCACUUAACCAGAACAACUAACGUAAGACAGUCCAAGGGUGAAGCUGUUUUGUAAUGGCGAAACCGCUGCAGGUUGAGGUCUACAAUCCUAAUGGGAAAUACAGAGUUGUUAGCACCAAACCUAUGCCGGGGACCCGAUGGAUUAAUCUCUUGAUCGAACAAGACUGUCGUCUCGAAAUUUGCACGCAGAAGAAAACCAUAUUGUCUGUUGAGGACAUCAUUUCUUUGAUUGGUGAUAAGUGUGAUGGAGUCAUUGGACAGCUGACUGAAGACUGGGGAGAGAAGUUGUUUUCUGCAUUGAGCAGAGCUGGAGGUAAAGCAUUCAGCAAUAUGGCUGUGGGGUACAACAAUGUUGAUGUCAAUGCUGCUAAUAAGUACGGCGUUGCUGUUGGAAAUACACCUGGAGUACUAACUGAGACUACAGCCGAGUUAGCAGCUUCACUUUCUUUAUCAGCAGCAAGAAGAAUUGUUGAAGCAGAUGAAUUCAUGAGGGCUGGCUUAUAUGAUGGAUGGCUUCCUCAUCUUUUUGUGGGGAACUUGCUUAAAGGACAAACGGUCGGUGUGAUUGGAGCAGGUCGCAUUGGUUCUGCUUAUGCUAGAAUGAUGGUUGAAGGGUUCAAAAUGAACUUAAUCUACUAUGAUCUCUACCAAGCCACUCGUCUUGAAAAGUUCGUCACAGCUUAUGGCCAGUUCCUGAAAGCCAACGGUGAACAGCCCGUCACAUGGAAACGGGCCUCAACAAUGGAGGAGGUGCUUCGAGAGGCUGAUGUGAUAAGUCUUCAUCCAGUGCUGGAUAAAACAACUUACCAUCUUGUCAAUAAAGAAAGGCUUGCUAUGAUGAAGAAGGAAGCCAUCCUCAUAAACUGCAGCAGGGGACCUGUAAUAGAUGAGGUGGCUCUUGUCGAGCAUUUGAAAGCAACUCCUAUGUUUCGAGUUGGGCUUGAUGUCUUUGAGGAUGAGCCAUACAUGAAACCUGGGCUAGCAGAAAUGAAGAAUGCUAUUGUUGUGCCUCACAUAGCCUCUGCUUCAAAGUGGACUCGUGAAGGAAUGGCAACAUUGGCUGCACUAAAUGUCCUGGGAAAGAUAAAAGGAUAUCCCAUUUGGUCCGAUCCAAACCGCGUGGAACCAUUUCUGAACGAGAAUGCUCCACCACCUGCUGCCUGUCCAAGCAUCGUGAACUCAAAAGCUUUAGGGUUGCCUGUUUCAAAGCUGUGAAGAAGGCGGCCUCUAGAGGAAAUAUGCAGAUUUGAUAAGAAAACUCUAUAGUUUGUAUCUUUCGUCUUACGACAUUGUAUAUUUAAUUAUGCUAUCUUUUACGGAGCUGCUUUUGGCUUUUGACCUAAACUUCUACUAAUAGUAACAAUCGAAAAUUUCUUAUAUGCAUUAAAUAUGUAUAA